AUGGAAAGAAUAGAAGGUCUUAAUUCCAAUGAAAAAGCAUUUUACGAAGCCAUUCAGUCUAAAAUUGUUGAAAAGGCAUGCAAGGCAGCUCCUGAAACACCAUUAAGUCGAGUUCUUCAGGAUUCCGUUGAUUCAUAUUCCAGACUUCACUGGAUUCUCGAGUUGAACGAAAGAUUCCCAUCAUUCAAACAUGAUGAUUACGAAUCAAUGGAGAAUACAUUUGGCCCAGAUCUUACUGCAAUGCCAAGAUAUCGUUUUGCUUCUCUUAAACCAAGCAGAUCAUCCCGCACAUCAGAAAAUACAACAAAGAGAUUGAGCGGCGCUAAUUUGUUUGUUAAAGAAAAUACAGGAACUUUGUCAGAGCGUAUGGCAGCUUGGAAGGCAUUACCAGAAGAUCAAAAGGCCAAAUACAACGAGAGAGCGAGAAAAUUGUAA